AUGGUGAGAUGCUACAAAGCUUUAUCUAACCCUCCACACUCUUGCUACAACCUCCGCAAAGUUAAAAUUCAUGUCCGGAGGCUGCGCUCAGGGACCAGCGGCAGCUGUGCCAGGGACCAGCACCCACCACUGGAGAGCCCAGGCCCGGCUGGCUCUGCCGGUGGUACACCAAGUAGGAGAACUCGUUUCAGGUUGCAGUUUCCCCAGCUGGCCCUGAGGCGAAGGUUGGGCCAGCUGAGCUGUAUGUCUAGGCCUGCCCUGAAACUCCGUUCUUGGCCCCUGACUAUUCUCUAUUACCUUCUGCCUUUCGGUGCCCUUAAGCCCCUGACCAGAGUGGGAUGGAGGCCUAUGAGCAGGGUUGCGCUCUACAAGUCGGUGCCAACUCGCCUGCUCUCGCGAGCCUGGGGGCGCCUGAACCAGGUGGAGCUGCCCACGUGGCUGCGGAAGCCAGUCUACAGCCUCUAUAUCUGGACCUUUGGAGUCAACAUGAAGGAGGCAGCUGUGGAGGACCUGCACCACUACAGAAACCUCAGCGAGUUCUUCCGCAGGAAGCUGAAACCACAGGCACGGCCGGUCUGUUGCCUGCACAGCGUGAUCAGUCCUUCUGAUGGAAAGAUCCUGAACUUUGGACAGGUGAAAAACUGUGAAGUGGAGCAAGUGAAAGGGGUCACUUACUCUCUGGAGUCUUUCUUGGGCCCUCGCAUCUGUAGAGAGGAGCUGAGCUUCAGCCAGGCCCCAGCUGGCAACUCUUUUCAGCAACAGCUAGUCACAAAGGAGGGCAAUGAGCUCUAUCACUGUGUCAUCUACCUUGCACCAGGGGAUUAUCACUGCUUCCACUCGCCCACUGACUGGAGAGUGUCCCACCGACGCCACUUCCCAGGCUCUCUGAUGUCUGUGAACCCCGGGGUGGCUCGCUGGAUCAAGGAGCUGUUCUGCCACAACGAGAGGGUGGUGCUCACGGGGGACUGGAAGCAUGGCUUCUUCUCCUUGACAGCUGUAGGAGCCACAAAUGUGGGCUCCAUCCGCAUCUACUUUGACCAGGACUUGCAUACGAACAGUCCUUCUUACUCCAAAGGCUCCUACAACGACUUCAGCUUCAUAUCCAACAACAACAAGGAAGGAAUCCCCAUGAGGAAAGGAGAACACUUAGGGGAAUUCAACCUAGGCUCUACGAUUGUACUUAUCUUUGAGGCACCCAAGGACUUCAAAUUCCACCUCAAAGAUGGGCAGAAAAUCCGCUUUGGAGAAGCACUGGGCUCUCUAUAGACAUUCUUUCAGCAGGGGUUUUCUAUCCAAAGGGACUCCUAUCACACCACUGGGUGUUCCCCUUAACAAGUAUGCAUCACUCAGCAGGACCUGGGUGAGGAAAACAGAAGAUGUCUGCUGUGUUAAACUUGAGCAUAUUUGGCCUACAUUUGCAUGCUGCUGCAUGCAGAAAGAGCUCAAUGAGGUACAGCUGCCUUUCGAGAGGCCACCUGUGGAGCUUUGUGUCUCACCCUGUGCCUGUAGUCUUUCAUGUUCUCCCCUCAAUGUGCCACAGGAUGUUCUCAGAGCCUGUAAGUCCCUUUUAAGCCUUUCUAGGCUGUGCAGGUGCAAUGGGGAAGGGUGGAGAUAGAGAUUAGCUGUAUUUAAAGGGACAGUGACAGGCUGAGCCAGACUUUGUACUUUAUAUCUGCAGUAUCUGUUCUUCAGACCUUGAGUAAAGAAUGUGCUCUCCUAUUUAUUUAAUUUUAAGACACUCCCCUGAUAUUCUUGUCUAAAGGCAGCCUGUGAUUGUGUAGAGCCAGAGUUCAAUUGGCUGACAGGGCUUGACAGUCCAGAGCAAAAUGCACAAGAACUUACACUCAGCCAGCUUUUCUGUUAGCCAGCUCUGACACUGUUCCUUUAAAAAUUAACUUUGCACUGUAUUUUAAACCUGGAAACACUGUGCCCACAUUCCAUCCCACAGAACCCCUCAGCUUGGGAGAGCUUUUGUAAAAAAGAAAGAAAGAAAAAAAAAAACCAACACCAAAAAACCCCAAGGCAUGUCUCCUGUUUCCAAUCCAGGGUUUCAUUUUGCUGUUUCAGGCCUUAAAAGAUUUUGUUUGGACAGAAGACAAUUACUUCAGCUCUGGGAGGAAGCGAUUAGAAAACAAAUGGGAUGUUCUCCUCACGGGAUGCAAUGAGAGGGUAACCAGAGUGUGGGUUUACUUUCUGCUUGUAUCUUCAUUGCUGUUUUGUCACUGAAUUCUUGGGAGAGGUAGAUCCUUUAUGUACAGAACAGUUUCAGAUGCUUCAGGACCAAUGCCCUAUCGCCUGACUGUGUAUAAAAGCAUUAUGGAUCUUGGAAGUAAUCCCAAGUUGCCAACUUGGCCAUCCUCUAAUGCACUGGCACUAAUUCCAUCUUACUCAGAAGACAAACACCCCACGUGGCUCCCACUCCUGCCCUUGUGCUUAGUGCUAGGAAUGUGCUGAGGGCUGGAAACUCUAUGCUGAAGCUUUAUCCUAGAGCAAAACUUCAGAGCCUCUUUGUAACUUCACCUCAAGGAGAGUUAAAACCUAACACCCUGGAUCUGUUGAAUGUGGCACUGACUAAACCUAGUGCCCAAAUGCGGAAGAGGAAUUGAGUUUCAAAGCAACGUAUCAAUUGUCUUUAGACAAACUGUUUCAAGUCCAGGCACUCCACACAGAGCUGACUGCUGUCCAGAGCUGGUGGGAAUGGAGCUGCCUAAGACACCUGCCUUUGUGCUCUGAAAGAGUUCUGCUAUUACUUCCUUGCUUGAGCUGCUUUUCUGCUACUUCAAGGAGACAGUAGGCUUUGACCAGCUCUGAUUUCCUAAAGUAAAACUUCUUCUUUGUAUGCACUGCAGAAAAUAGAAUGUUUUUUUGUACAAAUGUGCAGUUUGCCAAGUCCUCUAUGCUUAGCUUGUCAUCAGGAAAGGAGGGAUGAUAAACUGCCAAAGGCCCUGACUUGGAUGAUAGUGGCUGCUUGGGUGACAAGCAGGAGAAAACUCCUUUGGCUCCAAGAGUCCAUUUCCUCACUUUACAGGGGGAGGAGUUUGAAAGCUUGAAGUGGCUCUCAGCCCCCUAUAUUGUUAAACUUGUUGGCCCUACCAAGUUUCCUCCUGCAGCAGUAUAGGGCCAUGUACAGGUUAGAGAAGGGUACUCUGUUUUGAAACCACUGCUGAUGAGAAGAGACUAAAGCAAGCAUCACCCCCAAGAGGAUAAAGCUUUGACUAACCUUUCGACUAAAUUUCAGUGUCAGAUUAACAGUAGAAAGCAAAUUUGUUCUUGUGGAUGGGAGAAAAGACAACUGAAUCUUUCCCCCUUUUCCACUGAGGCCCAGGUCAUCCAGACGCAGCCAAAGCAAUCCUAAGCUUUAAUUCCUUCCUACUCAGCAUCAUCCUUCACUGUAUCUGAGGGUCACAAUGGAAGGUGGGUUAGCUGCUGUUUGCUUUAUUAGCAGUCUAAGAAGGGGGAAAGGACUCAGCAUGCAAGUGGCUGUUUUUGGGAAGGUGUCAAUACUGUGCAGAGCUGGCUGCUUCCCAAGCAUUUAGUGUCAUACAGUGCUCAGCAGCACACCCUGCACUGAAAGCUGUGAACUUCUCCUGCAUGGAGAAUCCCUUUAAUUCAACUGUAUCAGUAGCACAGUAUUUUUGUAUGUCAAAGUGUGACUUGACAUGAACCCAUUUACUUGCAAAUGUUUUGAAAUAAAGAGUAAUAUCAGUGUUGCUUAUCUGUGUGAAGUAGCAGGGUAACCUAAACUAGGU